AAUCCAGGGAAAUGCUAUAUUUUCUGCUUUAUUAUCAGUAAAGUAAAUAUUAUGAUUCUUAACUUCUGUUGUUGAGGAAUGCUAGUUCUCUUCAGAAAGAAACAAAAGUAGUUGAAUAGAUUUCUUUUAUCAACAGAUGAAUAUCGAAGCUUGAGAUUGCAAUAGAUAUAUUAACUCAGAACUGAACUAUGGAUUCUAUGAAGACCUUGUCAUUUCAGGAACCAAAAAGAGUUAGAAAACCAGUUUCAUUUUUGAAGGAGGAGCUUUCCAUUUUUUCUGCUUCUGAAGUCAUCCUUCAAAUGGCAAGUGACUCAACAUAGUAGGAAUAAAAAUGUAUCAUGGAAUUAAAAAGCAAAGCAUUUCAUAUCACCCACAUGUAUAGCAUUGCUAUCUCAUAGUUUGCCGCAAGUGUAAAUUUUCUCAGGAUGUAUAUGUGUGUAUACAAACUCGCAGUUUGUUUGUAAAAUGAUCUGUUAUGGAGCUCUCCAGUAAUGCUGUUGAGCAGACUGCAGCUCUCCCACAUGAAACCGGUCUCCCAUUUUCUAGUAGACAAAAUCUGGACUGGAGUUUAAUUUCUCCCUUGUUUGAAAUUAAUUUACAGUGGUUUAUUAUUCCUGAGGAAGUGUUUGUCUGUGUGUGGUGGUGGUGGGGCUGCCUUGCUAACAGCUUCAGUCUGACUUUGUAUACAGAAAUAAGGAUGUGUCCACAGGAGUGUUUUCUGGGUAGAAUAUUUUCAACACCUGUAAAUGCUGUAGGAUGAAGUGAGUUGACUUUUAUUCCGUAUUACAGUGAUGUGUAUUUUGAGUCUUAAACUAUUUUAUGCUUUCUUCUGUUUUAAACAGCAGAGAAAGACUUGUCUGAGGAGCUUUUAGAGAGGAAAAUUAAUUUGUUUGUAUCAGAGGGGGACAUAUACACAAACCCAGAAUAGGACCAGGCAUGAGUCACUGGAUUACCUUGUCAUCACUGCUCAUUAGCUUUGAUUGUUUUCCUUCUCUGCAGGCACUCAGACGCUGCUGAUAAAAUGGCACCGUUCUGUUUGGAAGCGUUCAGGAAAGCUCGUUCGUCACUUGGUCUGUUGCAAGGAGUCAGAGGAGGAGCAGGAGGGUGGCUGUUCCCGCAGAGAUGGAAGAGCAGGGCCCCCUGGGCUGAUGCGGUGCUGAUGGCCGGGGGUGGUGCGCGGCGGGGUCAGCCGUGCCGGGCAGGGAGCCCAGCUAGCCCAGGGCUCGGACGCCGCGAGCGCCCUGGCUGCUGCUGGCCGACGGCGUCAGCCAGGCGUCAGUCGUGAAAGGAGCAGGGAGUUGCGACGGUGUGGCUGUCUAGCAGAAAGGCACUCGCAGUUCACGGCUUUGCACCGCACGACGUAGGGCUAACCUUGUUUUCAGAACUGUAUUUUUAUCUUUAAAGGGUGACUUGCACAGUUCUUAGUGCUUGGUGUUUUUCCCUGGUAGACAUAUAGCAUGAUGUGUUUUGCUAAGAGCUGCAUGUAAGAAGAAAGCCUAGAAGAGAGCUUUGGAUGUGGUCCCUGGCAUUUUUUCAGUUUCUCCAGACAGAUAUUCAUAGAAGGCACUGGGACGUGUUUAGCAGGGGAGGCAGGUUUGCUGAGGGAGGAUGGUUAUCAGUUGAAGAGGGAGCUUGGAGGGGUGGUGAAGGAGAAGGUUAAGAGAUGCGUUAAGUGUAAAUGCUUAAAUUAGUGGAGAAUCUUAAAGAGCAGGCAUCAAGGUGGUAAAGCAGUAAAGAUAUUAGCAGUUAGAGGAACAGAGUGGGGGAAACUUCAGGAAAUUAUUGUUCUUACAUUUGGAGAAGUUGUAUACCUACAUGGUAGUAGAAAAAUUCAUGCUCUAAACAAAAAUGCUUAACAGUAUUACCAAACUCUCCCUGUACAUUUUUUAUAGGACUUUACUUAGAACAUGAAGUAAAUGUUGUUUAAUCACCAGCACCCAAAUAUGGAUUAUUGGUUGACUGAAUUGUAUCUGCUCUUGAUUAGAAAUCCUAAAAUAGAUUUCUGAGUUGCAAAUGCUUGGUGACGCAGGAAACAAGGCAGUGAAAUUUGCAGCAGUCUCUGGGAGGAAAUUUCCUCCCCGUCUCUGGGAGGAGACGCUGAAGCCGCGGUAAGUACCUGGUUUACUCAGAGUAAGGGAAAACAAUAAAAACCAUUGUUUUAUUCAGCGGUUCCUUCCCCCCGCCCCAUGUAUGAAUGAGGUGAGCUUUUUCUGGUAGAGGAGAGCUGAUCCCAUUGGCAGUUACACCACGAAAUAGGAAAUGAAACUCACCUUGUAUCAUCAGGCAAAUAGCAAAGCUCCCCGUUGCCAUCCUUACGGGAUGGCUUACCCUGCAGUGUCCUGACUUCAGAAAGCUGCACCUGCUGAAGCGGUUUAGUUCUGCCCUACCACUGUCAUAACUCUUCACGCCAAGCUUUUCUGAGGUACCGGCAGGCUCCAUGCGCUCAUACGCGUGGUAUGCCACGCCGUACAAACACCACUGUGCAGUCUGCUGCGGGUCCAGCGCCAAGUCUCGCCUCUGCGCUCGUGUGCCUGGAGCGUGCCGCUGACCUCCUCCUGUGUGUCGGAGCACAAGGGGCCCCGCUGCCUGUGCAGCCCUUGCCACUAACAGCACUGCUCUUCCACUUCCUUCCUUAGGAGGUGCAGCUGCUCUCAGCAGCCUGCUCUGGAGUUUGCAGAAGAGCCAGGUGGCCAGGGGAUCGGUAGGCCAUAGGGAUCAAGCGCUCUGAAGAUGUUCAAUUUUAGACAUAAGCCUUAUGAUGGAAACUGUACCAGCAGAGGACAGUACAUCACAAAACUUCACUACAACAGAGGAGGAUACUGAGCUACCCUGAACUGUUGAAGAUGCAACAGCAGUUGCCUGAGUGAGCAAAAUAUAUAAAAGCUGGCCAUUGAUGAAGAUGUUGGGGGGGAAAAAAGUAAUCCUGGUAGCGUUCUCUGGAGCACCCUAUUCUGCAUCCUGGAAACUGACUGCCCUUUGCUUACUAUCCUUUAGCCGGCUUUGAAGUCAUGGGAGAACCUUUCCUCUGAUCCCUUAGUAAGGCGAUUUCUUUACUGACCUGUGGUGUGGAACUGCAUCACAGGCUUUUUGAAAAUCCACACAGAUAACGUCUGCUAGAUCCCCUUUGUCCAGGGCUUAAAGCAUUGUGCGUUGGCAUAACUUACUAAGUCUCCUCGAAAAAAUCCUGCAUUUGUAAUUCAAUUCUAUGAAAAAUACGGAGAUUUAAGAUUAGUUCAUUUAUUUGCUUUCCUCACAAACUGUUGCUGAUAUAAAGUAGCUCUACUAUAAUACUUGACUUAACCAUUUAAGGAGGACUCGUUUUAUUUCCUCACUAUAAGCAUUCUGUACAUAUUGAACUUUCUGGAGCAUUUCAUCUGUUUCUGUGACUUCUUUCAUCAUCACUCAUUUAGGAAGACUCGCCUGUGAUGGGUUACUUUACGUUUUCAGUGUCCCUUCCAUGCUAUUUGAUUUUUUUAUUAUAUAUAUGAUACUGAUGCAGAAAUGAAAUUGUUGCUGCUCAAGGUUUGCAUACUGAUUUGUGUAUCUUGAUAUGUUUCCUAGCUGCGUGCUCUGCUCUUCGUGGUUACUCACUGGUAUUACUAGCGCUCUGGAAUAACCUGUUUGAUUUUGUAAACAAACAUGCAGCUUAUUGCGCUAUUAAAGCCCAUGUCUAAGUUUGCUGGUCAAAGCAAAGAAACUGAAAUCUCUCUAGUAGCUAGUGCAAAAUAUAUGCAGAGCUAAAACAUUUAUUUUGAGCAUAGCGGAAACCGCUGUUUAUUUCUUAAGUUGAUUUCAUACAACUUGUGAAGUUUACUGGGCAGGGUCUAUGCAGCAAAAAUAACGAGCUUUCAGAAGUCUGCAACUACUCGUUCUGCCUUACUUACGGUUUCCAUUUCUACCUGCCGUCACCAUGGUAUGAGAAAAAUGGUAGUAGCUUCUAGCUUUUUUAAAACCAGACAGAUGUUCCAUUUGACGUAUUGAAAUGGCCCACAGCACAGUUAAACUAAUAAGCAGUUUCAACAUGUUUGUUUUCUGAUUUUUAUUUAUUUAUUUAUUUUAAAGGUAGUAAAGUUCAGAGGCCAGUCUUUACUAUAGUUUGCCAAGGUAAAGUAAUACAAAUACAUGCUUGUGCUGAUUAUUUUUGAGGUUUCAGGUGCUGGAAGGUGGUGUGUCAUUUAACAGUUUAUUUUAUUUAGCUUUUUCCUGACUCAUGAUAAUUAUUUUGCAGCUAUCUAUAUAUGUCCUGUAGCAUUUUUCUCUUUAGACCUCUGCUUUAAAAAAUUUGCAUACAAAUUCUGGCUUAAAUUUAAGAAAUGUAACUGUAAUUUAGUUAUAUUUGGUAAGCUUGCAAUUGCUGACAAUUUUUAUUUGUGACAGACGUAUUUGGCAUUUACAAUCUCAAUAUUUCUAAAUAGUAUUUUCAGAACAUACCCAUUAUACACAACCAUGUUAAGAAGAACCGGGCUUGUCCAAAUUGCCAAACAAUGCGCAGUGGUGAAGCCAAUGUUUCUGGAUAAUUGGUAAUAAUUUAAUUUCCUAUUUGGAUUUCCACAAUGAUUGCUAGUGUGUAGAAUUUUGUGUUGUUAUGUGUUCAAGUCAGAUUGUUUAUAAUGUGUAGACUGAAGAAAACUGAAAGUGCAGACCAAUGAUGUUUUGUAUCUCACAGUGUCUGAGCACAGGCUCCACGGACAACCAGGAAUGCUCCUAAUGGUCCUCAUGAAUAAGUCCCGUGACUUGAAGCCCCUGAAAAUGAUUUUCACUAUCAGUAUCUAAAAAAAGUGACAUACAUAGUCUCUCUGUGAGUAUGGAAGAAUAAUUAUUGAAGAUAAGUGGUGCUGACCUCAAGAACCUAUUGAUAAGGUAUUGAGAACCUUUACGAUAAAGUAGAAAAGUUAAAUUUCAACUGCUUUUCUGUUUUAGCUAUUUAAAAGUUGAUUUACCAGAACAGUCAAGAUGUCUUUCCUGCACAGGUUAGUGCACAACAUUCAUUUCUAGAAAUAAAUGAUUAAUAUUUCCCAUCACAGCAGUGCAUAACCGCAGCUCAGAGCCAGGCCCAUCAGGUAGUAGUAUCCGAAUUUGCUGCUGCAGUACUGCACUGUGCAAAUCCCCACUAAGGUCGCCUCCCUUCUCCUGUCCUUCCAGCACUGUUGCCAACUCGGUUAAAUUCAGUCUUUGUCUGUCCUCAAGUUCUCAGUAAAAUGAUGCACAAUAGUCAUAGAAAAACAUGAAAUUUUUUAUUGAAAUGACUCAGAUGGAGGGAAGUAUAGGACGAAUGGUGUAUUUGGGAGUUUCUAAAUGCCUGUGUUCAAGGAGGAGCCAUUUUGUUUUCUAACAGUUGAUUUUUCUGUGUAAAUAACAAUUUCCCAAGAUAAUAGGAUUUCUCUUUCACUUUGUUUUAUGUUGUCUCCCCUACAUCUGUCUUCACCGUGGCCCGUUGCUUCUGAUUAUUGUUUACGCUGGCAUCAGAUUAAGAACUUCAUCUUUCUGUUCAUUUGUAAAAAAUGAUCAGGGCCAAUAUCAGUGCUGUAUUGCUGCCAUUCAUACAGGGAUUGAAGGCUUUGAUCUCUGCCAUUUGUACCCUACUUAAAUUGGGGAGAAAAAUGGCAUUAAGUCAUGAAAAACUCUUUCAAUUAUAUUAAUUUCAUCCUAAUAAAGGGAUGCUUAUGUUACAAGUUUUCCUUCUUUCAUGGGUUUUUGUCCCUAUUUGCAAAUGCCUCUAUAUAUCUUUACAGGAGAAACAAACCAUUUGUGGAAGGUAUCUCUGCACCACUGAAUACGGAGAUGUCCUUUGUUUUAGGGAGGAAAGGUGACACUAUUUCAUCCUUCUGCUUUGAAAUACUGUUUCGACUGUUCGUCUCUCCAAACAUAAAUAGUGACUGCAUGUUCAUCUGUAAUUAACAGGUGCUUUCCUUUGGCCAGUACCCACCAUUUUGUAAUCAAUGUUUGCUGCGUAACUGCAGUUUGUACCAAUUCAGACAUCUUCGCAGUCAGCCCUGUGGUGCCUGCAGCCACUGCGCAGCAGAGCCCCUGUGCAGGCAGGUUUCUCGCUGAGCUCGGUAGGAGAUCUGCCUGCGUGACAGCUGCGUGGGAGCUAGAUUUCUCAGCUUUGCUUUUGGAUUUAGCCGUAGAUUCAUUUUUGCUUCCGUUAGAAUGAACUUCAGACUUAGUCUUUAAUUACUUUUGUGAGAGGGCAUGACACACUAGAAAUUAUUGUAACAAACACCUUGAGGAGUUGGAGCAAAGCUUAGCUGGGGUGCAGGCAGAUAAUUCUCCCAAUUGUCCUCUCUACAUAAGUGUUUUAAAUUAAAUGAAAGAACUAUGGAUAUGUGACAUAUUCUGCAGUCAACCUCCAGCUGAAGUGUAAAUCCAUCCUUAGUUAAAAAUGACUGCUGGAACUGCAUCUUCUCUCUCCUGGUUCCUGUCACUCUGUCUUGAAGAGUAAGUCUCACAGUUGCCCUUUGUCAAGCAUGUCUGUUACCUGCAGCAUCCUUUUUUCUCAUUUCCUCAGUCGUCAGCACAGCACAGUUCACUUGGUGUUUGUCCCGCCAGUAAUGGUCACGCAGAGACUGGCAGCUCUAGCUCUUUGUUUAAUUCGUUUUCCCAAACUGCACGGGACACUGUAGGUGCAAUGCAACCCUUUCUCCAGAACGAGAUGGAAGCAGAAAGUAACUGCUACUGCUCCGAAUCCUGUCCAUGUCUUUUUUUUUGUCUUUUUUUUUUUUUUUUUUUAAUCUUGUAGUGGAAGCUUACAGAGGCCUUCUAAAGCUCAGUCUUACUGAGCAUUUUUCAUUUGUACUCUUUCUUCCUGCACUUUUGCAAAAUAUAUUUGGUUUUUUUAUUCUGAGUAUUGUAGCAUUUUUCUCCUCGGCAUUCACUUGCCAAGUACGUGAGCUUUCUCAGCACAGCAGGCCUAUUUACAUAUAUGGAGAGGAAAGAAGAAAUGCACCUUAUCUGUUCUUGUCUUCGUAUUUCCUGACAGGUUUUAUUUCGAAAGUGAUUUUAGUCAGCCCUGUGAUAGCUGUGUUUGCAGAAAACCUAAAAUCUUUGCUUUUAGGCUGUGAUGCCAGAAUUAGUCUUGAGAGCAAUUUGCUGUCAAGUCUCUUAAGUCACUUUAAAAACCUAUUAUUGCAAUGACUGUAUUAAGCUGAGAGCCUUGCGAAGCAGGGGAAGGCGUCAGAAUAAAAACCUAAGAGGCACAACUUUCCUUCGGUUCAUCUGUUAGGGAGCUGCCGAGAGGCAGCACGGGACCCCUGGAGAGGCUGGGGCUCGGUGCUCGGUGCCAGAGCCUGUGCGCUGCUGCCUGCGUGGGCAGAAGCGGUGAUGAGUCUGGGAAGAGCAUGCAACCGAAGCUGUGCAGUUCAUCUGUGAGCUGGAGGUGUUUAUGCUGUCAGUGCACGUGGCUGUAGGGCUGUUCCCUAGCAGGCCGAGAGGGCUCCUUGCUGCUGGGCAGGAUCUCGCUUGCUCGCUGUGCCCCUCCGAGGAGCACUGCCUCAGCUGGAGCAAGGCGCCGUGCCGCCAUCGCCCUCCUCGGCAUCGCUGCCCACGCUGUGAAUGAUGGGCUGCCCCUGUUCUGCUUAAGUGCCUCGGGCUUCCUCUCCUGCCUGUGAGGAUGGUCUUCCCUCGUGUGCGGUGAACAAAGGACUACAUGAUCAGAGGAGUUUUUUGAGACCUACUUAAAAUAUUAAAACUUUGGUUUUUUGGUUUUUUUUAUUCUGCCCCCGAGAUAGAUGAAUUGAGAAGAUCAGUGGGUGGAGAUCUAAACAAAAUUUUUAUUCUGCUUUUUAAAGUACUUGUUGUUUUGCUGGGAGUGGUUACCUAGUGGACUGCGGCAGGAACAGUGCCUGGGUUCCCCAGGUGCUGAACACAAUCCAAAUACUGCGUGAACAUCCUAUUUUUGCUGGAAUCAGAUGAAGCAAUUAGAUCUCAGUACAUGUACAUGCGUUACAAAUGCAUGACCAUCUGGUCAGUAUGGGAUAUUAGCUGAUUUGAUCUCCCUCAGUGAUUCUGAGGAAGUCAUCAUCAACUGGUGAAUAAAGUGGUUUUUGAUUUGUUUGCUAAAAUGUAGAUUAAUGAGUUUCCUCCCCAACCCCCAAGUGCUGCCAUUUUAUUUUUCUUGAAGAGUAGGCCUAUCAACUAUAAAUGCAAACUACAGCCUUCAUACAGAGUGAAGCAUUUUUUAUGUAGCGGGCUGAAGUCAGCUAUUUUUUUUGCAAGAGCAGGGAAGGCAAGACUGUUCUUUUGUCUUCAGUCAUUAAUGUAUAUUUACAGGACACACAACAGCAGCUUUUGGGCUUGAAACCUCACUUGGAACAGACUUGUGCAUAGCAAUAAAAGUUAAAGUAAACAAAAGCUUAUGUUUCACAGUGUAGGAUUUUUUUUUUAAAUCUCUCCUAGUUACAAACCUACUCUGUGCUAGUGAAAGUCCCAAACCAGGAAGCAUCUUACAGCACGUCGGCUGCACGGUUACAGAAUCGCAUUCCACAGAAAGCACAGCUGGGACCCUUCUCCUGCUAACUUCUAUGUUUAAAAAAAAAAAAAAUGCCCCCUCACCUUUUCAUGCAGUGACUAGUGUUUUCACGCAGGAUACCCAAGCUGAGUAUGCCCUGCCUCAGGGAACUGAAACCUAAUCUUCUUCUGGGGGGACCCUGGAGCUGCUGAAUGGUUGAGACAUUGGUCUGCAUGUAAAAAUACAUUCAAACCCACGUAUAAAAGUGUUAAUGCAUAAUUUGAAACCAAGAAACAAUUUCUGUGCUGAUAUAAACUGGUUCUGGUGUAUUAAUUGCAAUGAAGCAGAACCACUUUGCAUUAGCAGCAUUUAUUCCUAAUUUUGAAGACAUAGUAAUACUACAGAUCAAUGAAGAAUAAAAGAGCAAACUUUGAAAGUGUUCAAACGUAUUACUAUAUAAAUGCUAAGUGUUUUCCUAAGAUAUCCCGUUUUAACUGGUUUGCUAACUGUAAAAUUUCAUUGAUAGGUUGCAUCUGUUGCGUUGACUUCUAACUGUAAAAGGAGAGACUGUUCUGUUGUUGUCUGGAAAACUGAAUUGAAUCAGGACACAAGCCACCACGAUUCGUCCUUCAAAAAGUCUAUCUGAAUCUCUCAAAAUGUGUUAUAAGCAUCAGUGAACUCUCCCUCUGAAUGCCUCCAUGGCGCAGGAGUCGCUCCCUUUAUUUUAAUUCGAAGUGUGCACAAGGUAAUGGGUUCACACAGAGGUGGCCAGCUGGAGGGAGGUGUGGGAAUCUCUUGGCUGCUGGUUCUGUGAUUCCGGACGAGAUACUGCAGUUCUUCUCGUUAGGAAUAUUUCAUUCAGAAUCAGUGUAUCAAAGCCAGAUGUCCUAGGGAUGCUUUCAGCAUCCUGCAGCCCCUCGAAGGUAAAUCUAGUAAAUGAGCGUGAAGGAGACCUGAUAAGCGUUCCUGCUGAAUUGCAUGUGGGUGUUUCUGACAGGGCUCUGCAAAGAGGAAGUGUUUGUUUGCUUCUCUGGCUGACUUGACAUAAAUUUUGCAAUACUUUCCUCACAUGAGCACUGCCCCUAUGUACUGCUCAGCCAAACAAAUUGUUCCUUUGCAUUGACUCAUUAAUGAUUCAGUUAUAUGCAAAUUAAAACAGCUAUGUUAAGCUGCGCUCCAGUGACCUAAAAGUUUUCACUGAGUCAUGGUCAGCGAGUGCCCAUCAGGAGACAGCAGCCAGCCCUCAGGAUGGUAAGUGAUGUAGGUAAGCGGGUCUCUAAUCAGCCAGAGUCCCUUGUGCCUUUACUUUCAAAGAAGACUGUGCUAUUCCCACUAGCGGGAAAACUUCUGAACAAAUUCUUAAAUUGUUGUACCCUGACUGCUUAUUUUAAAAGUGAUUUAUCAGUCUUUUUAUAACAACUACCCAAAUCAAUGUAUCUGUCAAUACAGUAUUUUUUAAAAAUUCUUACUUGUAUUUAAAAUGCUAAUGACGAUGCAAUGGUCUUUCUAAUUAAAAUCUUCCUAAAGUUUUAAGUUUCUUCUCAAGAGUCUGAUUAGCCAGGGUUAAGCUAAAAGCAUGAUAUGAGGUUAUUCUGAUGAUAGUGGGAGCACGUCUGUAUAAUUUGUGUUUCUAAUGGUACAGGGCAUAAGUGUAGAUAUUUGUUCUGUGUAACCUUAUGAACUUGCUGCAUGUACUUUAUUCUCAGGGUCUACCUUUAAAAUAAAAUACAGUACUUUGCUAUCAGAUAUGCAUAUAUUCAGAGAGUUAACAAACUCUAGACACCGUAACAACUUUGAAAAUAUUUAAAAUAAUUACAUGGUCUUUAGAGACCCUCUCUUAAGCAGAUUUUGUGAAUCACAUUGCUUUUCUUUUGGAGCUCAGCUCAUUUCAAUUUUAAUCUAUAUUCUACCUUUCUAUCAUUUAAUUUCCCCCUACUUUCUAGUUAUGUUUUGCCAAUAUUUUAAUAAAAGGCUUUUACUAAAAUUUAUCUUUAUUUUGUAAUGACCCUUCAAGGUCGGCGUAUGUGUGUUUGCAUGAAGAGGAAGAAGAGUGAACACUUGAGAUUCUAUUCUAUUUCUUUCCCUGUUGCUUGAAAGUAUUUCUCUAACCAAACUGUAGAAGGAAAGCAAAAUUUCUCCUCAAGCAAGCUCACAGUUGGUGUGGCUUCCUAGAAAUGUUUCUGUUUUGUGCCAUAAAAUACGCUGACACCAUUGAGUAAAUGGAUAAAUACUCAGCUUGCCUUGUGAGAUCUGAAUGACCAUUUCCUGUGUAACAUAUUCUUUCAGAGAAACUUUUGAAGAAAAAAAUUGGAUGUUUGAAAUAAUUUGUACUUCCAAGCAAAAAGGAAAAGCAAUCAUUUGGAGCCAAAAAGAAAAUUAAAUAAUGGUGAAGGAGGAGGUGACUGAAAUGUGCUGUGGCAGCCCUCCCUGGAGUUUUAAUAAAAAGUUCCUAAGAGCCUUCUAUGAUGAAAUGAAACAGAAAAUAAACUUUGCAAAUACUCAACAGACAGAAUUUUGAAACUUCUUAAGCUCCCUUAAUAUAGCAUCUCCCUUCUUUAUACUUUGGCUGCCAAAUAGACAUGCAUUUGCUAUACCGAAAGCUUCUCACAGCAGUGCAGCCUCUCAUUCUUGUAGCAUUUAGUGGACUAGGACUUUGGGCACAUUAAUAUACAAUGGUUUUAGCAUAAUUUAUUGGCUAUUUAUUAUUUUAGUGUAAUUUAUUAACUGUGAUUGAAUAGAUCAUAUACAGUAUUGCAUGUAAUUCUGGUUUUCACUUCAUAGAUUGUUAAUUACAAAAAUGAGAAUUUGUGAGUUUUGUCUUGGAAGAGUUUUGUCCAGAACUUUGCUGUAUUUCAUUAGUAUUUCCCCAUUGACUACAAUAUCUUUUGGAUCAACUAUGACUCUUCAGUCAUAGAAGACCUUCCAUUCUUAAAAGGGCUUUUUGUAGAAAACUAUACAAAAAGAAUUAUAAAAUUGCAAAUACAGAAAUAGCCUGUUUCUACAGGAAUGUCUCAGAGUUCCUUAGACAAUAUUAAUAGUAAUGUACAGGAUACAUGCUCCAUCUUCACAAUGUUUUUCUGUGCAAUUCUAAUAAAGAGUUAUUAAUAUAAAUACACAAAGUGCAUAAUUAAUGUUUCAGUUAAUUUAAUGAAAGCAUUGUCUCCUAACUUUUUAAAGAAUUCUGAGAAACAUCUUCAGAACAUAGCCAUAUUGCUACUAAUGACUUAAUCCUGUGUUAAUCUUGAACAUGGACUUCUGCUUUAGUAAUGAGUAAAACAUGGGACUGAAGGUUUGUAAUACAAAGGCAGAUGACUUCCAAAGAGGGCUAUGAUGGAUUAGUCACAGACAAGUUUCACUUUCCCACCCUCCUGUUACGGUGUUGAGCCAGGCUAAGUGGCAGUAUACAUGUUACAGAUGAUGCUUCUAGUUUAUGUACUUAUCUCAAAGUCCCUACCCAUUUUUUUUUGCUCACACCAGAUUUCAUCUUGUCUAGUAACUCUUUUCCAUAGCUGAAAGUAGAAGUCUUGUGUGCACAGAUUCUUUGAGUUCAAGUGUCUACUCAUGUAAGCUGUAAGGAAAGAGCAUACUAUAUUCACUUAUUACUGCAAGGAUAUAAAGUAACAAUGCAAUGAUCUUUUGGUGGUUUUUUUUCUUUUGUUGUUUAUUUUUAUUCUUUUUAACUUUCCAGGCUGUGAAUGAGACAGACGGCUGUUUGCUGUUGGACAGUUUCCUAGAAAAGUACUAUCUCUCCACCAUGUAUAGCCUUGAGUUCAUUGUAGGCCUCACUGGAAAUACUGUUGUUGUGUUUGGGUAUAUUUUCUGCUUGAAAAACUGGAAAAGUGGCAACAUCUACCUGUUUAAUUUAUCAUUAUCAGAUUUAUUAUUUCUGUGUACUCUUCCAGUACUUGUGAGAAGCUACUCUAGUCCAUGGGCAAAGGAGAUCUUCUGCCAUAGCAACAGAUUCCUGUUGCAUGCAAACAUGUACACCAGCGUCCUUUUCCUUACCUUUAUCAGUAUUGACCGAUACCUGCUCAUGAAACAUCCUUUCAGAGAACAUUUGCUACAGAGAAGAAGAACUGCCAUUAUAGUGUCUGUUGCUGUAUGGAUAUGGGUUAUAUUGGAACUGUUGCCGCUGAUCCAUUUCCUUACGCCUAUAGCAACUGCCAGUAACAGCAAGUGUCUUGAUUAUGCAAGUUCUGGAGACCCAGCAGAAAGCAUCAUCUAUAGCAUGUUUCUGACCGUCGCAGGGUUCCUUAUUCCUCUCUGUGUCAUGUGCUUCUUCUACGUAAAGAUGGUUAAGUUUCUUAAGAACAGGAGUGACCAACACAAUUCUUCCCUGACACUUGAAAAACCUCUUUUUUUAGUCAUCCUAGCAGUGGUUAUCUUCUCAUUACUCUUUACUCCGUAUCACAUAAUGCGCAAUGUGCGACUUGCUUCACGAAUACCAGCCUGGAAUGUAUCUGUGUGCACACAGCACAUCAUCAAUGCCGUUUAUAUCAUCACGAGACCCAUUGCAUUUUUAAAUAGUGCUAUUAAUCCUGUUUUUUAUUUCUUAAUGGGUGACCACUUCAGAGAGAUGCUGAUGGCAAAAAUAAGGCAGCUCUUGAACAGAAAAAGAACUAAUAUGGAGAACUCCAAUACUGGGAAACAAGGAACACAAAGAGCAACUAGCUUAGGAUGAACUUUUACCAAUGUUCAGUUCCAUUUUUUGUAAGCUGAUUGUGUUCCUCUAAAUGUGGCUGUUACGUUAUUGUACCACCUUCUACUGAUUUCAUUUGAGCAAAACUGUUCUUGGUUUCAGCAGAAGCAGUAUCAACUGACAGUUGUACAGAAGGACACAGUACUCCUAUAGCAGAAUGGUCUGUUAAUUUUGUAAACAAACACUAUGGUCUAUUAAUUUUGUAAAUAAAAUAUCAUCAUGGUAUUUCUUAGAGCAAAAAUAUGUUGCUCCCGGAUGGUUUCUUCGUGAUCUGUAAGUUGACAGUGGACUAGACUUUGGCUUGGCUGAAAUGGGCGGUGGCGCUAGGUCCCAUAUCCAACAUGCUCCUGGGAUCUGUGCUGAGUCUUUUCUAUGAGAAAGGCAAAGUCUUCCUUUGCCCUCUUUGCAGGCUGUGCAAACGAUCUAGUUGAGCCAAUUUACAUUUACAGUUGGUUUGGUGGGUUGACAUCUACAAUGUGUCAAAAAAGAGGAUUAUGCAGAGAGUUAGAUGGAAUCUUCUGUCAUGAUUACCAGAAAGGAGAGAGUGGUUAUGUUGCCGUUUUUAUAUGUAAUGAUAGCAAAGAGAUUAGAAAGCUGUAAAAUUCAGCUGCUGUUCUUAAAGGCAUUACAUGCAAGCAUUGAGACAGCCAAGCGGUCGGUGGGUGGGUGGGUGUUUGUGUGUACAGACAGCUAAAGCAAUGACUGCAAAAAUGCCAAUAUUGGCUUGCUUACAUGUCCCAGUGAUUUAUAAAGGCGGCUCUUAGUAAAGAACUAAAUGAAUAGACUUUAUUUUUACUUUUUCAGGCUGACUCUGGCUGUAAAAUCAAAGUGUAGCUUUACUUACCUUUCCAGUUACAUGGUUAUACAUGUUCUAUUCAGCCCUUAAUUACAACUUCUUAGUCAUAUAAUGCAAUUACUCAUAUAAUUAAUGUGAAUACGUUAUCUAUAGGUGAGAACAGAAUUUAUAACUGGAAGCCAGUUGGAGAGAAUUAGAGGGGAAAAGUAAAUGCUUUUAAACAUUAUGGAAAACUUACUGCAGAGAAAACGGACACUAAAAAGACUGAUGCUAUCAGAGGGUAGAAAAACUAUGUGAAAUCAAUGGCAAUAAAAAAAAAUAUCAGAAAAAUCAGCACGUGCUUUGUGUGAACCGUGUGAAAAUGCAGUGGGUUACAUGUUUGUGCUGUGUCGACGCGUUCACUCGGCUGGAUCUGCGCCGGGUAGCACCGCGUGCUUUGGCUUGUUGCCUGGUCUUGUUUCGGUGUGAAAGCGAGUCGCAGAACGCGCUGUGUUCGAGGUGGGAAGGAGCGGUUUUGCUGGGGGUGCCUCUGGCAGCCCUAAGGGCUCCCGCUGAUGAGGCGUCGUGACUCGGGGAGGACGAGUGGAGGCUGGAGAGGGCAGGGGCCGGCGGCGUUCCCCGGCGCAGGGACCGGAGGAGCCCCGGGCAGAGGGGAAGGUAUUUCCUACGUGUGUGACCCUUGCUGCUCUUUGGGAAAUGGGAAGGGUAUCUGGUUGUUGUCUCGAUAGAGUUGAUUUUAUUUGUGAUUCCUGAUGAGUUGUUCUGAAAUACUUGUAAAUGUUUCAUUGGUAAUUAAAUAAUACACUGAUAAUAAACUGCAACCUGUUUAAAAAAAA